CUUGGCCAAAAUGGUAGACGUACAGCCACCGGUUGUUGCGGUUCCUCUUUCACAAAAAGACAGGUAUGCGAAGCUGAAGGAACUGUUUGAACAGAAAUAUGGAACUGCCCCAGACUUCUAUGCAAGAGCACCAGGAAGAGUGAAUCUAAUUGGAGAACACAUUGACUAUUGUGGAUAUGGAGUCCUUCCAAUGGCUCUGGAGCAAGAUAUUGUAAUAGCAGUUUCUCCGAAUAAUGAUGGUGUCAUACGACUUGCAAAUUCUGAUGGAAACUUUGAGGAUUUUACCUGCGAAGUCAACGACUUUGAAAUUGACAAGUCCAGACCUCUUUGGUACCAUUACUUUCUUUGUGGCUUGAAGGGCAUUAUUGAACAUUUCAAACUAGAGAAUCCACAAGGAAUGAAUCUCGUUCUUGAUGGCAAUGUACCAAGAAGUGCUGGACUGUCCUCGUCUAGUGCUCUAGUGUGCGCCUCCAGUCUUGCGGCCGUCUAUGCCAAUGGCAAGCAGCUGUCAAAGCUUGAGAUUGCUGAUGUAUGUUCUUUGUGUGAACAUUACAUUGGGACAAUCGGAGGAGGAAUGGACCAAGCUAUAUCCUUCCUUGGCCAGCCUGGCACUGCCAAAUACAUCGAAUUCAACCCUUUGAAAGCUAAGGAUGUUGCCUUACCCGACGGUGUCGUAUUUGUUGUCAGUAACAGCUGUGUUGAACUGAACAAAGCUGCAACUUCUGACUUCAACACCAGAGUAGUUGAAUGCAGACUGGCAGCACAGAUUCUUGCCAAAAAGAAAGGGCUUUACUGGCGAGGAUUCAAGAAACUUGGUUCCGUCCAAAAUGCCUUGGGUUUAAAACUUGAUGGGAUGUUGCAAGAGGUGAGGCAGCACCUUCAUGAGGAACCGUACACCAAAGAUGAAGUCUGCCUGGAGCUUGGAGUAACAGCUGAUGAGUUAGCGAGUACUAGCCUGAGUGAAAAUACACUACAUGUGCAAUCGUUCAAGUUAUUCCAACGUGCCACGCAUGUCUACGGCGAAGCCAACAGAGUAUUGAAGUUCAAGGAGAUUUGCACCAAGAAGCCUGAAGGUGCCACUGUGACCCUGGGAGAUCUGAUGUCUGAGAGUCAUGCAAGUUGCAGGGACAUGUAUGAAUGCAGCUGCGCAGAUCUCGACGCCUUGGUUGAUAUAUGCAUAAAAUCCGGUUCACUCGGAUCUAGAUUGACCGGAGCCGGUUGGGGCGGUUGUGCUGUCUCCAUGGUGCCCGCAGAUCAAGUCGAACAGUUUAUCGCAUCCUUGAGUGAAAACUAUUACAGCAAUGAUGCCGAAAGAGCAGCGAAGGUGGACACGGCCCUAUUUGCAACGCAACCAGGAGGCGGAGCAGCCAUUUAUUACGACUACUGAACACUCUGCAAAUCAAGGACCCAGUUUUUAAACAGAACUCUCAAAUUCUAGUAGUUUUAUUCAAGUACUUAUUCUGAUUUAAUUACUUAUCCCAGUUCAAAAUUUAGUCACAUUGUUGUCAGUACCUAGUUAAUAUUUUGAUGAAAUCACUGCUGGAUGUCUUGGGUUUUUUUAUUCUUUACCUAUAGUCAGCUUCAGAAGUAAAUGUCACUGUCCUUUUGGGCUGCAGUGUAAAAUCUACUGGGCCUAUUUGUAUGUAUUCCUAUACAUUGAUGUGGUGCAUUAAUUUUGACAUUUUCUCCUCUGCUGAGUUUUCAUGAGAUCCUCAGGUUAUUUUCUUCAUGUAUAUCUUCGAAUUGAUUAAGUUUCAUUUAAAACAGUCCAUUAGAAAAAAGCAGUCCCUUUCCAGACCCCGAAAAUCUUUUAAGGUCCCCAAUUAAGAAAAAACAGUUUUACUUGAUUUGCAGGUCUUCAACCUGGAAAUUGUGUUGAGUCCAAAGUUAGAUUUAAGAAAAACCACACGUUUAAGAAAUCAGCCCAGUAGUUUUUGCACUGUGGCCCAAAAGGACAGUGACAUUUACUUCUGAAGCUGACUAUAGAUGACUAAGUAUGAAACUCAUGCCUGCCAACCAUUACCAUUUGAUUUUAGUUUCUACUAAUUUUAUCGAAAAACUGCAAUUAGGUAAAAAAUAAUUUCUAUGAAAAUGCUCUAGCAUUACUGUGAGAACUUGGAUAACUAUAUUGCGUAAGACUAAAAUGUUUGGUGACCUUUGGUUGAUUUUACCUCUUUGGGUAUUUUAAAGGGGUAUGCUGUGCGUAAGUUAUAGUGGGUCAGGAAAAUGGAAAUGCAGUUAUACACAAUGCCAUAGUCCAGUUAUUAUGCAUGCAACUUAGCUGAAACUGUGUAAAUACAGUAUUUGUAUCUGUCUGCACAAUGGCAAUGUUGAAAUUUAUAUUCUGUAUGAACGUAUGCAAGUAAAACAUUUCAAAUUCAAUUAUACAAAUUUCAAACUUUUAACAAAAGGCAUAGACCUUUAAGGUGGGCAGCUUUGGCAACUGGUUCUUUUAAUGUGUUGACCAGCUGGAAGUUAGUCGAACUGAGAGAAAAACUUCUUAAUCUUACUGGGGCGGAAACUUUAUUACCAGCAGGUAGCAGUUCAAUAUACAACAGAUUUCAACCCCAUGUCAAUUUCACCAACAAAAGGUCCUUUAUUGUUUUUAUUGUUUGGACCGCUGUCUACUACCGUACUUACAUCUUUUGGCUCAUUUCUUUGUCUCAGGUGAAGCUCCGAUGAAAUCAUAGUCUAGCGCAGACCCAAAUAAAUUAACUUCCAUUGUUCAUUAAAAAAGCAUUGAUUUUCCUUUAUCAUUCCACAACCCAAGUAAAGUAUUAUUGUAUAUGUAUAUGUCAUUUGUUACCAGGGUCAUAUCAUUGUAUAAAAGAUUAAAAUGACCUUAUAUGUUGAAGCAGCAGUGAUUUCUGUUGAAGAGUGUUCAUAUGAAGACGUAAGACGACAUGUAUCAAAUCCCUCAUGUACUUAAAGUCACUAUCUUUUAUCUAUAUAGUGUAAUCGCAUCCACAUGGGACUUUUAUUAUUUGAUUAUUCUUAUAGAAAUAAAACAA